AUGCCGCGCCCCCUGCUGCUGCUGUCGUGGCUGGCUCGCCUGCCCAAGGCGCCGCUGUCGGCGGCCCUCAGGCAGGGGCUGCCCAAGCAGAAUGCCGCUUGGCCCUCGGGGACGCAUUCGGCGGAUGUCAAGGAUGCGGGGUGGCUGUGGCUCGCGGCGGGCUCGUUGCGCGGCGAAAGCGGGAGCCGGAGGCCGUUUUUCUGCGGAUCUUAUUCCGCCUCGUCGGUCAUCCAAUUCCCGCUUCCCCAGACCGGCGAAGGCAUUGCCGAGUGUGAGGUGCUGAAGUGGUAUGUGAAGGAGGGCGGCGCUGUUGAGAAGUUCGGCAUGCUAUGCGAGGUCCAGAGCGACAAAGCUACGAUUCAGAUAACUAGUCCUCACGACGGUAGAAUCCUGAAAGUCCACCAUCAGGAAGGAGACGUUGUUAAGGUUGGGAAUACACUUGUGGACAUUGAGGUUGAUGGGACAGAGGUCACUGCAACACAGAGCCUGACGAAGGACGCUCAUCAGGACAGUGAAGAAGAGGGCAGGUCCCAAAGCAACACCCCAACACCUAAAGAUCGGGCCCCAGUUCAUUCAACCCCCGCCGUAAGGCAUCUGGCAAAGACGGAGGGUGUGGACAUCUCUGAAGUGACGCCUACUGGCCCCAAGGGCAGGGUAAUUAAGGAAGACGUCUUGAGGCACAUCCAAUCGCGCAAGGGUGGUGCGGCAACAGAACCACCAACUGCGGCCAUAGAGCACCCAGAUCCGUCAGCCAGCGAGCACGAUUUGGACGCUCCGAUCUGCAAGCCCAUUCUGGGCUACCAUCGAGCCAUGGUGAAGAGCAUGACCCAGGCGGCCACCAUCCCACACUUGCACUUCUGCGAAGAGAUUAACGUAAACGCCCUGGUGGACAUAAAGAAGAAGCUGAUCAACAGCGCCGAUAUUGAGGGUGUCAAACUCACUUACCUCCCUUUCAUCCUGAAAACGCUCUCCACGGCCGCCCACAAAUUCCCAUCUCUGAACGCUAGCCUCAGCAGCGACCUCACGCAAAUGAUCCUGCACAGGAGGCACAAUUUUGGCGUCGCCAUGGCCACGCCAGUGGGGCUGGUGGUCCCCGUUGUGAAAGACAUACAAAGCAAGAACAUCGUGAGCAUUGCGCUAGAACUUCAACGGCUCCAGAAGCUUGCCGUGGAGGGCAAACUGACGAUCACCGACAUUUCGGAAGCCACCCUGUCAAUUUCUAACAUUGGGCCCAUUGGGGGUACAUAUGCCGCUCCACUAGUCACCCCUCCACAGGUUGCGAUUGUUGCCUUGGGCCAAAUCAGGAAACUGCCAAGGUUCGACUCGAAAGGGGAUGUAGUUCGUCAUUCCGUGAUGCCUGUGAGCUGGGGAGCUGACCACCGGGCGGUGGAUGGAGCCACUGUCGCUGAAUUUUGUAUGGAGUGGAAGCGGUGCCUUGAGGAGCCAGAGAGGCUCCUGCUGCACCUCAGGUAG